AUGGGCAUCUCACCAGAGGAAGAACGGCUCACUUCUUCAAGCACCUUGUCCAGGUCCAUAAAGAAUAUUGCCAAUAAAGAUCGAAGAUACGAAGUUGCAGUGCCCUGCGUGGAACCUGACAUACAGGUAAUCGAAGAUAACUACCUUGUAGCACAUAACCGCCUUCAGAGUCUUGUACGCAGACUUUCAACUAAAGAUGGCCUGCUUGAGUCGUACGACCAUGCCAUCCCUCAAUAUAUUGACUCGGGACGCGCAGAAGUAGUCGCCCAAAAAAAACUCAAGGAGGAGCGUACAUACUACAUGCCGUACAGAGAAGUUAUCUGUGAAGACUCGCUCACUACGAAGCUGAGGAUACUACAAGUCCUCAUGAGAUUUCGCUGGUACAAGGUCACAAUGACUGUAGACAUAGAAAAAGCGUUUCUGCAGGUUGGUGUUGGAGCACAAGACCGAGAUCUCUUUAGGUUCUUGUGGUUUGCUGAAAAGCCAACGUUAUCAUUCAGGGAAGACGACAUACAG